AAAAGCAAGAAACAACAAUAGCAAACAUUUUAUGAAUGAUGGCCGAUCACAUGGAAGAACCUCCGCAAAAGCGGAUGAAAGUUGAUGAUCUUUAUAUGCUCGAAGAGAACCUGCCCGAUGAAUUAGUAACAUGGGGUGAUCAAUUGGGCGGUGGUGGUGGACCUGGUUCUGGACCAAUAUCCGGUGGUCCACCAAAUCAUGGGAUGGCUGUUAAUGUCGGCGGCGUUGGCGGUCCCAAUAAGCCUCCAGCUCAAGGACCUGGACCAGGCGGUGCUGGUGGUCCCCAACUAAAUGGUUCAGUUGAUGAUGUCAAUUCAGCCGGAGGUGGUGGUCCAGGCGGUAAUCCAUUACGGCAAAUGCAACAUCAUCAACAUUUACAACAUCUGCUUCAGCAACAGGGUAACAAAAAUCCCGGUAUGGUUGGCAAUCCAAUGGGCGCUGCUGUCAUGAAUCAAUUGGGCAGUAAAUCGCCAAAUUUACAAUCUCCCAAUGCCGGUGGUAUGCAAGUAAAUGUUAAUCAAAUGUGUGCCAUUGUCAACUCAAUGCCAAUGUCCAUUUCAAAUAAUGGCACACAAAUGAAUUCCAUGUCAGGUAUGAACACAAUUGCUCAAGGAAAUAUGGGUAAUAUGGUUUUGACGAAUAGUGGAAUGGGCGGCAUGGGUGUUGGCGGUGCCGGUAUGAUCAAACAACAAAUUGGUGCUGGACCCGGUGGUAUGAUGAAUGCUGGUCCCGGUGGUGUUGGUCCAGUUGGUCCCGGUAGUAUGGGUCCCGGUGUUGGUGGGCCUCAACAGGGUAUGCAUAUGGGUGGUCCAGCUGGACAUCCUCAGGUUAUGCAAAAUGGACCAAUGAUGCGUAUGGUGGGCCAGCAACAUAUGUUGCGUGGUCCAAAUCCCCAUUUGAUGGGCGGUAAUGGACCCAGUGGCAUUGGUGGCGGUCCUCGUAUGCAGAAUCCUAAUAUGCAAAUGGGUCAAAUGAACAACAUGGUAGGUGGCGGUGUUGGACCGAACGGACCCUAUGGCGGUGGGGUCGGUGUCGGUAAUGUUGGCAACUAUGGAGGCCCUGGCGGUCCUCAAGGUGGUAUCAAUGUCAAUGCCAAUAAUCCCCAGCAGCAAAUGUUGGCCCAACAGAUUGCAGCGCAACACGGCGGUGUACCACCAAAUAUGACGGCCGCAAUGCAACAAGGUCAACGUGGACCGGGUGGUGUUCCACUUGGAAUGGGUGGCGCUGGUGUCGGUGGUGGUGAUGGCACUGGUGCUAGUUUGGUCGGUGGUCCUCAGCAACAACAAAUGAACAAUGCUCAAAUGAAUCCCAAUCAACAGCAAAACACACAGGGCGGUUUAAUGGGUACUGGUGGUAUGGGCGGUAUACGACCACAAGGGGGUGCCGGACCUGUUGGCCCACAACAGAAUUCCAUGAUGUUGUCACAGCAGCAACAACAGCAGCAGCAACAACAACAGCAGCCGGGAACAUCCCAACAAGUGGGCAACGCAGGCGGUGGUGGCGGCGGUAAUGCCGGAGCUGUCGGCGGUGCAGGUGGUGGUGGCACCGGCGGUCAACAUAUCUCUGAAGAGCGCAAAAAACAAAUCCAACAGCAACUUAUGCUGCUACUGCACGCACACAAGUGUAACCGACGCGAAAAUCUCAAUCCGAAUCGCGAAAAAUGCAACGUCCAAUAUUGCAAACCCAUGCAGGAUGUUCUCACACACAUGGCCACAUGUAAACAAAGUCGCGACUGUACAGUCCAACAUUGCAUGUCGUCGAGGCAAAUUCUGCUGCAUUACAAGACAUGUCAACGCACCGACUGUAUUAUUUGCUUCCCAUUCCGUCAAAAUCACGCUUUCCAAAACAAUAAUCCAAAUGCGGCGGGAGGCAAUGCUGGUGGCGGUGUUGGCAACAAUUCCAAUCAGCAGCAAGGACAGCCGAAUGCCAAUGAUAAACAAGUUCCAGUUGGAGUUGGUGGACCUCAACAGGUCGGCGGCCCGCAACAACCUGGUGGUGGUGUUGGUGGCGUGCAACCAGGCGGUGUUGCUCCCAAUGUCACAGCUGGAGCUGGCGGAAUGCCCGUUGGUGCAGGAGUAGUAGGGCCCAAUCAAGGCCAAAUGAAUAUGAAGACCAAUGCUGGCGAUAUGCAACAACAAAUGCAAAAUGCCUCUCAAAAUCCCAAUCAAGAGAUUCGAAGAUUCGAUAGUAUGGGCAUGCAGGGAGCUGUAGGCAAUGCUGGCGGACCAAAUAACAUGUUGCAGGGUAAUGCCGUUAAUGCCCAACAACAACAAAUGCAGGGCAUUCGAAUGGCAGGAGUACCACCAACAGCGCGAGUUAUGUCUACAGCUGUUGGUGGACCUGGUGGCGGCGGAGUUGCCGUAGGUCCAUCCUCAGGUGGCGGAAAUAGCGAUCAAGUGGGUAUGCGUCAAGUUGUCAACAAUCUACUGAUCAGUGGAGGUAGUGGUAAUGGUCCUGGCCCCGAUGGCGGCAUGCAAAGUCAACAACAACAAAUGCUACUACAUGGCGGAGCAGGAGGACCAAAUAAAUUUCAAAUGUCAGUAUCCACACCGCGUCUUUCUGAUCUGUUGAAGCCCGGUGUUAAAGGGCCCACAGAUCCCAACCAAGUUCAGUCAAAUUCCCUUAAUCAACAACAGCAGCAGCAAUCGAACAUUCCCCUGCCGGUCAAUGUAAACAAUAAUUUCAAUAAUUCCAAUAUAAAUAACCUCCUCGGUGGCGGCGGAGGAGGAAAUACCGGUGAUAUGAUUGGAGCAGGUGGCCCAGUUGGCGGAGCACCACCUAACAAACAACUAACUCCCCAAGAGUUGGCUAAGAUGAAAAUGCAAGCUCAGGCUGGUGGUGGUGCUGGUGGUCUGGUGGGUGGACCCAACAAUAAUGCCCCCAAUAACAAUGUGACAGGUAAUCAAAAUGCAACCGGCGGUCCUGGCAUGCAAGGAAGUGGCGUACCCAAUGUUUCGGGGGGUAAUAAUAAUUCUGGAGCCGGAAGUGGCGUACCGACAACAUCACAAAAUACCGGUGGUGUACCUGGAGGUGGUACAAGCGGUACAAGUGCUUCUGGUGGUGGUAGCGGCGGCGGUGACGAAAACAAAGAUUGGCGAGAACUUGUUACAGAUGAUCUGCGCAAGCAUUUAGUGCACAAAUUAGUACAAGCAAUUUUCCCCACAUCCGACCCAGCCACUAUGUUGGACAAACGCAUGCAUAAUCUCGUCUCGUAUGCGGAAAAAGUCGAACGAGACAUGUACGAAAUGGCCAAAUCUCGCUCAGAGUACUACCACCUGCUAGCGGAGAAGAUUUACAAAAUCCAAAAAGAGCUGGAGGAAAAACGGAUAAAGCGGAAGGAACAGCAACUGCUACAAAUGCAGCAACAACAGCAACAACAACAAGGAGGUGUUGGUGCCGGCGGAGUUGGAGCUGGACCCAGUAAUGUGGCAGGAGGUGUCGGUGUUGGCACUGGACCUAAUUCAGCCGGUGGAUUGCCAAGCCAGCAAAUGCCUCCUGGUGGUCACCCAGGACAACAGCAAAUGCAACAACAAAUACGUCCCAUGGUCAGUCCAAUGGGAGGAGGUGUUGGUCCUGGUGGGCCAGUGGGUCCAAAUCAGGGCGGUGGUAUGCCAAUGGGUGGCGCUGGUAUGAUGCAGCUUCGAGGACAAACGCCAGGAAAUGUUGGUGGCGGUGGCCUCAUGCCCGGCCAAAAUAUGGGAGGAAUGCGUAGUCAUUCACCCGGUGGUAAUAUGUUGGCCCUGCAGCAACAGCAACGUAUGCAAUUCCCGCAACAAGGCAACAUGUUGGUUGGACCACCCGGACCAAGUCCAGGUGGCAAUAGCAUGGGUGGUGGUGGCAUUUCGGCAUCACAGCAAAAUAUGGUUGUUCCCAACCCUGUACUUUCACCAUUCACCGGUCAAGCAAUGCAGGGACAACCUGGCACUGGAGGCGUAGCUAAUGUGUUGACCAGUCCAAUACCGGGUCAACAGCAGCAAUUUAUCAAUGCUAAUGGUGGAACUGGUUCUCAUACCUCACAGCAGCUGAACGAGAUGAUGAAACAGCAGCGCAUGAUGCAACAACAACAACAGCAGCAGCAACAACAGCAAAGUGGAAUGUUAAUGCCACAGUCACCUUUCAGCAACAACAAUGCUGGCAAUACACAAAUGUCGCAGCAGCAACCAAAUGCGUUCACAUCGCCAAUGUCUCAGCAGCAACAAAAGCAGAACAUGAUGGCCAAUGCAAGUGGCGGAGGUGGCAACAUGGGAAAUAUGCCUCCGACGCCCACAAGCAUGGACUCGCUUUCAGCAGCAGUAGGUGGUGGUGGCGGCGGCACAAGUGCAUCAGGACCAACCAGCGUAACUAGUACUGCGUCUGCAGGAACUGUAGGUGCCGCUGGCGGCAUGGUCGCAGCACCAAGUCCUUCGCCAAGUUUCACGACAAAUGGUCCCAUCGGUACCCCGAUAAACAACAAUCCACCAUCGGUGCCAUCUCUGAUGCAGACGAUAGGUGGCGAUCGAGGAAAUACCCCACCACCAGCAGCAUCAUUAAAUCCUUCAUCUCCCGCCUCAGCAAAUGCAACACCUGCAGCAACUACAACUGCCGCGAACACAGGAGGAACUGUAGGCUUACUGUCUACAACUACGCCGUCUACCACAAUUCCAACAUCAUCAGCGUCGUCUUCGUCAUCGGUAUCAGCGACGGCGGCAUCUUCCUCAGCUUCGACAACAAUCACCACAACAUCUGCUACAGCUACUGCAAUGUCCUCAUCCAGCACUACCUCGGCAUCGACAACCACAUCUGUGGCGUCGACUACUGCGGCGGCGACGGGCGCAGGCUCCUCAGCAAUAGCAAGUUCUAUGUCUGGUGCAUCAAGCACGACCACUACCGCGGUAACCGAAACCAGUGUAACCAGCAAUGGCCUAGCCCAAAGUCAACAACAGAUGACAUCAAUGGGCAAGGGAAGCACUGGCACAGCUACGACAACAACAACUACCUCAGCCAUUAGUUCAGCAUUACCAUCCGCAAGACCCGUUAGUAGCAGCAAUAGUUUAUCAUCUCAAAUGGCAGCCCUAGAAGCAGCCGCCCGAGACAACGAUGACGAUCCGCCUAACUCGCCCAAUUGUGACUCACAAAAUGCAGGCGGCGGAAAGUCAUGUAAAGGAAAAUUGGAUUCCAUAAAACAGGAGGAUGAUAUCAAAAAGGAGUUUAUGGAUGACGGCAGUGCCGGUGAAAAUUCUCAGCAAGAAUCUUCAGCCGGUGUGGGUAAAAAUGUAAACAACGAUGGCACAGCCAAAUUGGAGAUUAAAACCGAAGAUGGUGAUGUGAAAAUCAAAUCCGAACCAAUGGAAGUUGAUGAAGCAUCCGGCGGUGGUGCGAAUACAACAAACACAACUAGCGGAGAAGCCGCCAAGGCUGACAGUAAAGAUGAUAUUAAGCCAAUGGCCGAUGGAUCUACAGCGUCAUCGGGUGGUGAUGUUAAAGUGAAGAGUGAAACGAAGCCAGUAGCACCAGAACCAUUGAUGCCAAAUGCUGGCGAUAAGAAAAAGAAAUGUGUAUUUGAUCCGGAAGAAUUGAAACAAGCUUUGCUGCCAACAUUGGAAAAACUUUUACGUCAUGAACCCGAGUCAGUGCCAUUCCGUAAUCCAGUUGAUCCACUGGUUUUGUGCAUACCCGAUUAUUUUGAGAUCAUCAAGAAACCCAUGGACUUGGGUAGUAUACGUAAUAAUUUAAUGAAUGGCAAAUACAGUGAUCCCUGGGAGUAUGUGGACGAUGUUUGGCUAAUGUUUGACAAUGCAUGGCUAUAUAAUCGUAAAUCGUCGAAAGUUUAUAAAUACUGUACAAAGCUUUCUGAGGUGUUUGAACAAGAAAUUGAUCCCGUAAUGCAAACACUGGGCUAUUGUUGUGGCCGUAAAUACACAUUCAAUCCGCAAGUUUUAUGCUGUUAUGGUAAACAAUUGUGUACCAUACCGAGAGAUGCCAAAUACUACAGUUAUCAAAAUAGUCUAAAGGAUUAUGGUGUUGCCACAAACAGAUAUACUUUCUGCCAGAAAUGCUUCAAUGACAUCCAAGGAGAUACCGUAACACUGGGAGAUGAUCCAAUGCAGUCACAAACGCAAAUCAAAAAAGAUCAAUUCAAAGAAAUGAAAAAUGAUCAUUUGGAACUUGAACCAUUUGUCGAUUGUCAAGAAUGCGGACGUAAACAGCAUCAAAUUUGUGUCCUAUGGUUGGAUUCCAUAUGGCCAGGUGGUUUUGUCUGCAAUCGUUGCCUGGAAAAGAAGAACUCCAAACGCAAAGAGAAUAAAUUCAAUGCUAAACGUUUACCCACCACCAAAUUGGGUAUUUACAUUGAGACUCGCGUCAACAAUUUCCUCAAGAAAAAGGAAGCCGGUGCCGGUGAAGUACAUAUCCGCGUUGUCUCGUCAUCGGACAAAUGUGUCGAAGUGAAACCGGGCAUGCGUAGACGUUUUGUCGAGAACGGUGAUAUGAGUGCAGAAUUCCCCUAUCGCGCCAAAGCUCUGUUUGCUUUCGAGGAAGUUGACGGCAUCGAUGUGUGUUUCUUUGGUAUGCACGUACAGGAAUACGGGUCCGAAUGUCCACCGCCGAAUACCAGACGUGUAUAUAUUGCCUAUUUGGAUUCGGUGCAUUUCUUUAGGCCACGUCAAUAUCGUACGGCUGUGUAUCAUGAAAUUCUACUUGGCUAUAUGGAUUAUGUCAAACAAUUGGGCUAUACCAUGGCUCAUAUUUGGGCGUGUCCACCAUCGGAAGGUGAUGAUUAUAUAUUCCACUGCCAUCCAACAGAUCAACGGAUACCCAAACCGAAGCGGUUGCAAGAGUGGUAUAAGAAAAUGUUGGACAAAGGUAUGAUUGAGCGUACCAUUCAGGACUACAAGGAUAUUCUGAAGCAAGCGGUAGAGGAUAAACUGACAUCGGCAGCUGAAUUGCCAUAUUUCGAGGGUGAUUUCUGGCCCAAUGUCUUGGAGGAAAGCAUAAAGGAGCUCGAUCAGGAGGAAGAAGAAAAACGAAAACAAGCUGAAGCUGCCGAAGCCGCAGCUGCUGCUGCCGCAAAUAUUUUCUCAAUUGAGGACAAUGAUGUGAGCGGCGAUGGCAAAAAGAAGGGACAAAAGAAGGCAAAAAAAUCGAACAAGUCAAAGGCAGCUCAGCGUAAAAACAACAAAAAAUCCAAUGAACAACAAGCGGGCAAUGAUCUCUCGGCAAAAAUCUAUGCCACCAUGGAAAAGCACAAGGAAGUGUUCUUUGUCAUACGGUUGCAUUCAGCUCAAUCUGCAGCCAGUUUAGCGCCCAUACAAGAUCCCGAUCCAUUGCUACAAUGUGAUCUCAUGGAUGGACGUGAUGCAUUCCUUACCAUGGCUCGUGACAAACACUAUGAGUUCUCAUCAUUGCGACGGGCACAAUUCUCCACAUUAUGUAUGUUGUAUGAGUUACAUAAUCAAGGACAAGAUAAAUUCGUUUACACCUGCAACAAUUGCAAGACUGCUGUGGAAACACGCUACCAUUGUACAGUAUGUGAUGACUUUGAUUUGUGUACAUUAUGUAACGCAAAGAUUGGUCAUCCUCACAAAAUGGAAAAACUUGGCUUCGAUUUGGACGAUGGUUCUUCUCCAGCCGAUUUGAAACAAGCCAAUCCUCAGGAGGCACGCAAGCAAUCCAUCCAACGUUGCAUUCAAUCAUUGGUGCAUGCUUGCCAGUGUCGCGAUGCCAAUUGUCGCCUGCCUUCGUGCCAGAAGAUGAAACGUGUGGUCCAGCAUACAAAGAAUUGCAAGCGGAAAACCAAUGGCGGUUGUCCCAUUUGCAAACAGCUUAUUGCAUUGUGCUGCUAUCAUGCCAAACAUUGCCAAGAGCAAAAAUGUCCAGUGCCUUUCUGUCCAAAUAUCAAACACAAACUCAAACAACAACAGUUGCAACAAAAGUUGCAACAACAACAGUUGUUACGCAGACGUGUUGCUCUUAUGUCGCGUACAGUUACGGCUCCAGCUGCCUUAACCGGACCGGCUGCAGUUACCAAUCCGGUCGUUGGUGUGCCAGGUGGUGUGCCAGUUCCCAAUGUGGCCAUGGUUACACCCACUGUCAUGGGAGGUCAACCGGCCAUAAUGCCAGCGGGUGCCGCUGGAGCAAUGAGCCCCUCCACAGUACCAGUGCCCUCGCCAGUGGCUGCACCAAUUGGUGGUGGCAUGACAUCGCCACAUCCGCAUCAACCAGGCAUGGGAAUGAAGCCAGGUGGGGGACAUUCUCCCUCGCCUAAUGUAUUGCAAGUUGUUAAACAGGUACAGGAGGAAGCCGCACGACAACAAGUUCCCCAUGGUGGUGGCUUUGGUAAAGGUGGUGCUAUGGCUCCACCCGUUAUGCAACGUCAUCACAUGGGCGGUCUACCAAAUCAACCAAAUCCCGGUAUGGUAGGCAACGUCGGCAAUGUUCCUGGUGGAGUGGGUAAUGUGGGACCCAUGGGUCCCGGUGGCAACAAUGUUAUGGGUAAUAAUUUAUUACCCAUGGAUCAGUGGGGCAAUCGUUAUCCCAACAACAAUGCCAAUCAAGGCAUGCGUCAACCCAAUCAAAAUCAGGUUAUGCAACCCAAUGCCAUGCAACAACAAGGAAUGAUGGGUGGCAUGGUUGGUGCUGCAGGUUCUCAACAAAUGCCCGGUAGUUCGGGUAAUAUGCCCGGCAAUGCUCAAGGUGUUGGCAUGGGUGGGAACGCCGCCGGAAUGGUUGGUAUGGGCGGUGCUGGUCCCAUGGGUGGUGCUCCUGUUGCAGCAAUACGACCCCAAGCACAUCCCAAUGCUGGUGGUGUCGGCGGCUCAGGACAAAUGCCAAAUGGACCACUUAACAAUCAACUGAAUACUCAGCAGCUACACCAAAUUAUGCAGAAAAUCAAAAAUAAUCCAACCAAUGAAGGCCACCAACAAAUUCUACAAGUCCUCAAACAAAAUCCACAAAUAAUGGCAGCCAUUAUUAAGCAGCGACAGCAAAGUCAAAAUAAUGCCAAUGCAGGUGGUGGACAACAAGGUGGUGCUGGUGGAGCGGGAGUUGGUGGUGCCGGUAAUGGACCGCAACAACAACAGCAGCAAAUGCAACAACAGCAAGUUAUGCAACAACAACAACAGCAACAACAAAUGCAGCAUAUGAUGAACCAGCAACAACAAAUGCCACAAUCCCAACAGCAAGUAAUGAUGCAACAACAACAACAAAAUGCUGUACAACAUCAACGUAUGCCGGGUAUGCCAAAUCCAAUGAUGAUGCAACAACAGCAAGGACAAGCGUCUAACCCACAAUGGUUCAAAAUGCGUCAACAAAUGCCCAACUAUCCACCACCCUAUCGUCAGCGAGCACCUCAACAAAUGGGCGGCGUAGGAGGACCGGGUCAACAAUUUGGUGGCGUCGGAUCAUUUGGUGGUCCCGGGGCAGGUGGCCCAACCGGUGGUCCCGUUGAUCAAUAUGCUGCCAUGCAACAGGGUUUGAAACCAUCACCUCAACAACAAAUGGGCGGUAUGCCCGGUGUGCAACAACAACAAAUGAUGCAAGGUGGUGGCGGCAUGGUUGGUGGACCAAAUGUCAUGGGACCUCCGACACCGCACACUUUACAACAGCAGCUAAUGCAACAAUCCGCCAGAGCAUCACCGCCAAUUCGUUCGCCACAGCCCACACCCUCACCACGUUCGGCACCAUCGCCACGAGGCGGACCAUCGGCGUCGCCACGUGCUCAGCCUAGUCCGCAUCACGUUAUGUCACAUUCACCCGCGCCACAAACAUCCCAUGAUGGUCUACACAAUCAUGGUGGUAUGCAUCCGCAUCAGUCACCACUGCCAGGUGUGCCGCAAGAUGUAGUCGGUGGUGUGGGAGGAGUUGUGGGCGGUGUGGUGGGUGGUCCCGGUGGCCCUGUCUCCGAUGCCUCCGAUCAACUUACCAAAUUUGUAGAACAACUUUAGUGUAAUUAGCUAAUGGCAGCGGCUCAAUCCCCAUAUCCGAAUCCAGCUCCCCCCUCACCCCAUGUCAGCCGCUUUAAUAUGAAUCCCUCUUCCCAGCAGCAGCAACAACACCAUCAGCAGCAUCGUUAUUUCUAAGACAAAC